UUUUCGUUUCGGUUCGAAGUGAUUGAUUGAAAUUUUCUUGUAUAAAGAAAUAUUGUUGCAUCAGAAAAAAUAAUAAUAAACAACAGAAGGUAAUAAAAAAAUGGCAACUAUUGCUGCCAAACGUAUUAAACGUGAAUUUAUGGAAUUACCACAAACGGAAAAUGAACCAAAUAAAUUAUUCCAUAUUGAACCGGUUGAUAAUAAUCUGCUUAAUCUAACCGGUUAUGUAAUCGGACCAUCUGAAUCAUUAUUUGAAGGUGGUCGUUUUAAAGUUGAAAUCAAAAUUCCCGAAACGUAUCCAUUCAAUCCACCGAAAGUACGUUUUACAACUAAAAUUUGGCAUCCAAAUAUAUCUUCCGUAACUGGUGCUAUUUGUUUAGAUAUACUUAAAGAUCAAUGGGCGGCUGCAAUGACAUUACGUACGGUUUUGUUAAGCAUUCAAGCCUUAUUAACAUCUCCUGAACCAGAUGAUCCACAAGAUGCAGUUGUUGCUAGACAAUUUAAAGAUCAUCCAGAUUAUUAUCGUCAAACGGCCAAAUUUUGGACAUAUUAUUUUGCAACAGAUAGACCGUUAGAAAAACGUAAACAAUUUGAAUCAUAUGAAGCAAAAAUAAAACAUUUACGUGAAUUAAGCCAUAUUGAUGAAGAACGAGCAAUAUGUGCAUUAUCACAAUUCAAUUGGAAUAUCGAACAAGCUCUACAGAAUCUGUGAUCGAUCUCUCUUUCUUUCUCUAUUUUUUUCCCCUUUUUUUCAAACAAAUUUAAACACACUCAACCCACACAUAUACCAAUUACACAUCUUGACUAAAAGAAAAUCCUUUAUCAUCACCUGAUGAAAAACAAACAAAAAAAUCUUUUCAAAUAAAAAAAAAUACCAUCCGGAACAAAAAAAUAUCACAAAUCAUCAACACUAUUUACCGGGCGCUCAACCGAAACACUACUGACAUUAAUUUUUCAACGAUAACCCGGUUAAUCGAACUCCAAACAAACACACACACACAUCUUAUAUACUCAAUUGAUUGAUUGAUCAGAUCAGAUCAUCCUCAUGAUUAUCAUCAGCGAGGCAGAUGUUUAAAGUUUCUAUAUUUUUGCAACGUUGUGUGUGUUUCAAAAUUUUAUGUGAAAAA